CUUUUAUAUGUGAUUAAUAAAUAAUGAGCAUGGUUUUUAGAUGAUAUAUAACUAAAUGUCAAACAUUAUAUUCUUGUUACCAAACAAUGCAAGGUGAAGAAUCAGAAAUACAAAUGGACAAGAACAAGCAGUAGAAGAGAGCUAAGUGUAUCUGAGAUCUAUGUAAUGACAGACUCAACACAUAUAACAUGUAGAUUAGACGGCUGUUCAGUCUUAUUCAUCUACUAUGCAUUGCUCAAAGUUUAUGCUGGCUUGUGUAGCAUUUAGUUUAGGAGCUGUAUCAUUAGCUAGCAUUGCACUGGCCAUUUCUACGGAUUAUUGGUUAAUGUUAAGUGAAGAAGUUUUUACUGAAAGUAUGCUUAGCAAAUCCGAAAUAUUAGAGAUGAAGGAAAUGAACUAUAGUAUGCCGGAAACGAUGGAGAUCGCCUCAAAAAUUGGUCUUUGGCGUUUUUGUAUCAUACAUGAUGUGGGCAAAGCUUGUACACCUCUAGAUUAUACAAGUAGUUUAAAGAAAAAAGAUAAAAACGAUAAACAAGAAACAACCACAGCAAUUGCAGAGGCACAACGAGCAGCAACUCCAGUCUUUCUAACUGGCUUCUUUCUUGUAAUUUGCUCAACUUUAUUCAACAUUGUCGGAAAUAUACGAGGAAAUGUACUAACAUUGUUGGCAGCUGUCUUUUAUAUAAACGCAGGUCUGUGUAUCGCAGUCGGAAUGGUAUUAUAUAUAACUUUUAUAAACGAUGAAACUAGUCACGCUAAGAAAAGCGAGGAUUUAGCAUUUAGCUACGAAUACAGCUGGUCCACCUAUCUUGUUGCUUUGUGCUUUUUUGCCUCUCAAACUGCUGCUGUAGUGUGCAUUUCAAUAUUUAUUAAACGCUUUCCCUCUAGUGAGGAUAAACUAAGGAUUAUCCCUGGAUUAGAAAGAAAGUUUUCAGUGCCUAUGGAUCAAACUAAUCCGACUAUUAUUCUAUAG